UUGGAUCCAUUCUACUCACUUUCUAACCUCACCCUUACCACGAACCCGACAUGGGAAAAGGCGUGGACAGUCCUUCUCGAUCUGAGCCCCCGCCCACGACUUUGCCAGAGCGGCCCUUAACUAUCUGAUUGACGGCAUGUUUCGAUGAGGCUUCUUUGUAGGCCUUUUGUACGGCGGCGAAAAUGAUAGCCGAAUCCCAGCCGCGUCGUGAUCUCCGAGAGACCAUCCGUACCGCGAACUUGUUAUUCUUUGGACGAGACUACAUUGCUUCGCCAAAUCAAAGACGCCUUCUCCCCGGAACUUGAACGACUGAAAAACAUUAGGGCCGUCGAGGGCACCGAGGAGCAACGCGUCGCAGUUCACGGAAAUGAUGAUACUUUGAGCCCGUCGCAAAUCCUCUAUGGGAUCAACUAUGAUGAGGUCAACCGAACGCUUGUCGGAAUUCUUGCCCUUCGUUGGGUCUACAAUCGUGACUAUGCGAGCUUCACUCGACCCCAAUCCUCCGAGUCGCGCUUGACAGAGGAAUCAUUCGAGUGGCUGCGCGACCUCUUCGAGAGAGGGAUAGAGGGCCCAGAUGACCUUUUUGCGGUGGUGGUGUCAAUGAUCAUUAAUGAUUUGGGAAAGGAUACCAACUUGGAAGAAGAUAUCUUCUUCCAAACUGGCGAGCGCUUAGAGGACCAGAAUCACGAUUCGAUACUAUUAGCAGCAGCUGAAGCUGGGAUGAUCGCCGCUUUAAACUACCUCACCGAAGAGAAACGCGAGGAGGUCAUGCUGGGUCUGGAGCUAGGAUCGGAGCUGAAUGCAGGGCAACUGGCUCAGGCCGAAAGUGUGCCUGUCAAUCUCGAAGGAUUGCUGGCCAUGCGAGGCCACGAACAUGCAUUCGAACUCAAGUUCAUGGAGCAAAUCCUCGACGUCGCCGGCGCUCGAGGUCACCUUGACGCUUGUGGCUCCAAGAGCUUUAACGAACCCGUCUUCCAAGCUUUCAAAACUGUGCAUGAGGUGUCCCUCGAUAUCAUUGCCGGCAAAUGCAACCCUCGUCAAGGGUAUGACAAGGUACUCACACAACGUGCAAACUUACUGUCCACCGAGGGAUUUCGCAAUCUUCAUGUGGACCAUCCAGAAGACCGCGCACUCCUCCGCUUGUUGACCAUGGGCCGGACUACAGAUAUCCAGCAAGCCGAGCUGUUCUCGACCACUUUCAAUGCUCUGGACAAGAUCGCCAAAGACCAACUCGUGGCGGGCCUAAAUGUCGACGGCAUUGCCAAUGAGACAGCAGUCGUGCCGUACUAUAUGCCCUGUCUCUUAUCUACGGUACUGGAAACCAUAAAGGACUGGGAUCAUCAAACCAAAAACGGGGCUCUCACAUCCGUCUGGCGAUUCUUAGCCAAAGUGUUAAGUCCCCAUCAUGGUCUGUCUGGUGGCCCUGAGAACCCAGGAGGUGACGAUCGAGGACAAUCUGGGAUCGUCAUUGAGAGGAACCUGAAGUCUGUGUUGGAUAUUGUCAAAAGCCCGGCGUUCGCCACAGAUCCGGCAGUAUUGGUUGAUUGUGAACUGCCGCGUGGACAGAUCCAGCGGCGGCAGAGUAAGACUAAAUCGUGGGAAGAUCUUUGACGAGGACGAUGGACGAGAAUGAUCCCAGUG